AUGCAGCUUCCUGCACUUUUGACUGCGCAAAGCUGUAUUGGUCAUGUCCACCUGAUCAUUGGAUCUGGACCUCUUGCAGCCUCGAGAUGUACAAAGUCUCUGCAAGUCGGUGCUAGACCCAUCGUCCUAGCUCCUGAGACUGAAGACGUCCAUUUCACUAUAGUAAAGGCAAUCGAGGACGGCAACGUGCGGUGGAUACAGCAAGAAUUUAAAGAGCAGGAUCUAAGUACACUGGGCAGGGAAGAGAUCGAGAACUACGUCGAUGCUGUAUUCGUUACCCUGCCUGCAAAGGACCCGCGGAGUGUCCACAUCUCUAGCCUGUGCAGGCGUAAGCGAAUACCUGUCAACGUUGUUGACGCCCCAAGACUAUGUACCUUCACGUUACUAUCUACGCAUCUGGACGGUCCUUUACAGAUAGGAAUCACGACUUCCGGGAGUGGCUGCAAGCUGUCGUCUCGUAUUCGGAGGGAAGUGGUUUCGGCGUUGCCACCUAAAUUUGGGGACGCGGUAGAAAGACUGGGUUCAUUGAGGAGGCAGAUUUGGGAGGAAGAUUAUCGCUCACAGUCGGUAAACGUUUCAGAGCCCAUUGAAGCGGAAGCGGAAGAUGAGGAGUCCGCUGCGCAAAAGCAUACCUUCAACACAUUAAUCCGAGAAAAUGAUCAAGAUCCGGCAGUCUUAAGGACGCGGAGAAUGAGGUGGCUCUCGCAGAUAUGCGAAUACUGGCCUCUUGAUCGGUUGGCGUGUAUCACAGACACGGAUGUUUCAAAGAUUCUUGACGCCUACAAAUCCACUGCUCAACCACCUCCACCAAUCUCCGAUAACGCGCCUGAUGGUCAGACUCUGAUUUCUGGACACCUACCACUUCGGAAAGGGACAAUUACGCUUGCAGGAUCGGGUCCUGGCCACCCAUCUCUCCUCACAAUCGCUACCCAAACCGCGAUUCAGAACGCUCACUUCAUUCUUGCCGACAAACUCGUUCCAGCCGAGAUCUUGGCACUUAUACCACGUCGGACCUCUGUUCACAUUGCUCGUAAGUUUCCUGGUAACGCAGACGCCGCUCAAGAGGAACUCCUCCGACUUGGAUUGGACGCUAUGAAGGAAGGCAAGGAUGUGCUUCGUUUGAAGCAAGGUGAUCCCUACCUGUACGGGCGAGGCGCUGAGGAAGUAACAUUUUUCCGUGAUCGUGGUUACGAUGUCAGAGUGAUUCCUGGAAUUACGAGUGCACUUUCAGCGCCACUGUUUGCCGAUAUACCCGUCACCCAUCGAGCGGUCGCCGACCAAGUCGUUAUUUGUACCGGUACUGGCAGAAAAGGUGCUGCCCCAGAACCACCAUCGUACAAAAAGAGCAAAACGGUCGUCUUCCUGAUGGCAUUACACAGACUAGAAAGUUUAGUCAGCAGCCUCACUGUAAUUCCUGGCGAAACAGGCGGACGACCCGAAGGGCGAGCGGUAUGGCCUGCAGAUACACCCUGCACAGUGAUUGAGCGUGCGAGCUGUCCGGAUCAGCGAGUCAUUCGAUCGACCUUACAGCAUGUCUGCCAGGCAGUGGAAGAUGAAGGAUCUCGACCGCCCGGUCUACUUGUGGUUGGCCACUCAUGCGAGGUCUUGCAUCAGCUUAGUAAGAAUGAGAGGUGGUCAGUCGAAGAGGGUUUUAGAGGUCUCGAGGCCACCGGAUCAACGAGUUCCGAGCUAAACCUGCUCAAGGAUCUAGAGCAGAUGACUAGAACCACAGACAACACUUCCGUUGAUCUGUGA